UCACACAUAUAUGAUUCAAUUCCGAUAAAGAGAUCAAAAAGAAAAGAAAAGAAAAGGGACUUCAAAGUAUGAAAGGGGAAUGAAUCCUCCAGGGAGCCCUAACUAAACACCUUGAGAAGAAGCCCUGUUUUUCUGCUGCAAUCACCAGUCAAUCAUGCAACAGGGCGGGGGAUCGGAGACGGAGGUCACUUGGGACGAUCAGCAGAACAUCAACAGGUUCUCCAAGCUCAACAACCGGUUCCACGAGCUGGAGGACGAGAUCAGAAUCGCCAAGGAAACAAACGACAAUCUUGAGGAUGCGAGCAAUGAGUUAAUUCUUACUGAUGAGGAGGUAGUGCGCUUCCAGAUAGGGGAGGUUUUCGCUCACGUGCCAAAGGAUGAAGUGGAGAGCCGAAUCGAAGAGAUGAAAGAAGUAACUACGAAAAACUUGGGGAAACUGGAAGAGGAGAAAGAUUCUGUGCUUGCGCAGAUGGCCGAGUUGAAGAAAAUUUUGUAUGGGAAGUUCGGGGACUCCAUCAAUUUGGAAGAGGAUUAACAUAGCUGUCCCUGUUGGUUUUCCUUUGGUUUCUGUUGAUUGAAUCAUUUCUCAUUUGCUUGCCGGCUUCAGGAAAUUUAGAAUGCUUGCUGUAAGAUCAAUGCAAUAGCCUGGUUUGUGAUCUGCCAACUGCCAUUAUGAGUAACUUAUCGUGUUCUUAAAUUCUUACUUUGUUGCCAUGA